AACGAUCCACGUACAGCUCAUAUUUUUCCUACAACACCCGGUAAAAAUCUUAAUUUGCUUUUUAGCGUCUUGGGUUUGUUUAGAACUUUUAACGAUAUGGCGCAGCUGCUGGGCAAGGCGAAGGAGUUCGUGGCCGACCACAUAGCGCAUGUUAAGAAGCCGGAGGCCGAUCUCUCCGACGUGUCGAUCAAGGAUGUGAGCAGAGACUCCGCCAUGUUUAAUGGAGAGCUUAACGUUCAUAAUCCGUACUCCCACUCUCUCCCUAUCUCGGAGGUCUCCUACACCCUCAAGAGCGCCGGCAGGGUUAUCGUUUCGGGCACGAUGCCGGACCCGGGAUCACUGACGGCGAACGACACGACGAGGCUCGACGUGCUGAUGAAGGUGCCUUACGAUCUUCUGAUCAGCAUAAUGAAGGAUGUGGGGAGAGACUGGGAUAUUGACUAUGAAUUGGAGGUCGGCCUUACUAUUGAUCUCCCUAUUAUUGGCAACUUCACUCUGCCCGUGUCCAAGAAAGGAGAGAUGAAGCUGCCUACUCUCUCCGAUAUCUUUUGAGCUUUUGAGUUUUGUGUGUAGGCUACAACGGAAUAAGUAAUAAUGUAUUAAAUCUGUAUCAAGUGUUUCGCAUUGUCUUGUUUAUGGUGUCACAUGGGGUUUUUUAGUACUUCGGAAUUGACAGUAGCGAAAUUGCGGUACAAAAUACUGUGAUGAAGUUAAAAGUCAGCACCUUGGUAUUUGAAAAAUAUGACUAGCUUUACA